GUCCCAGUCAUGUUUGUACAAUGUUUAUUUAUUACAACCACAUUCUUAAUCCAGAGAUACGCAACAGGAUAAGAACCGGAGCGAAGUCCAACUCACUGAUCCGAGGAGAACAGGUACUCACUACGGCUCCACACAUUGACGGCACGAGACCAGGUGAGAUCAGCUGUUUACACUGACGUUAGCUAUAGACAGUGAGACACUAGAUAUAGGGAAGCAGUCGUUGUUGCAGGACAUAUCCCAGCGCAUCGAAAUGUCAUUCACGACCUUCUACAAGCACCAUGAAGAACGCCUCGGACGUGUGUUCGAGAUAUACGGACGUCUGGUCAGUCGGUAUCCAAUGGUUAUCAUCGCCGUCUGUCUGUCCAUAAACUGUUUACUGUUCGGGAUAGGUAUCCUGUAUCUGGAGUCGGAGACCGACACGGAAGUUCUGUAUACACCCCGAGGGGCCCGGGUCUACCACGACAAAGCGCGGCUCGAUAAACUCUUCAAGGACAAGUCAGGGUCAAAUUUUUACCCUCAUGGAAUUGUCGGACUCAACAAGGAAUGUCACGUGAUAGUACAGACCAAAGACGGGUCCAAUAUUUUGACACCUUCAUAUAUGGAAGAAGUAAAGCGUGUUGACACAUUUGUGAGAAAUAUCAGUCAACUUAAGAAUACAACAACGUCUACCUUCUCCGAUGUAUGCGCUUUGAGGAACGGCGCAUGCGUGGCAUCUGGAGAUUUCCUCUUCACGGCAAAGUUUAACAAGCACAUUCUGGCAGAGAAUGUUUCAUUUCCAAUAUUUUCCAGAAAAGUCAUAAGUACAACUUUUGGAAAUGUCAAAUCUGCUAACGGAACUCUCGAUUUUUCCUCUAUGAUAUUCCUGCGUUACUACUUACGACAAGACACAACAGAAGCAUCGGUGAGAUCAGCGCAUUGGGAAAGGGCUUUUAUAGACGUCAUGACGUCAUUUGACUCUGCGACAGUUUCAAUUGCCUAUACGGCCUCACUUUCUAAAGACGAAGAACUAAGCAAAAAUAUCAGUGGCGACUUGAAGUUCUUUGCUCUCACAAUUCUGAUUAUGUUGGUAUACGCGAGUUGUGCGACCUCUGGUGGAAACUGUGUGUCGGAGAGACAGAAUCUUGGUCGUGCAAGUGUUUUAGCCACUUGCCUUGCUAUCGCAUCCUCGCUUGGGCUGCUUAGUGCCCUAGGAGUGAAGUACGUGGAGAUCGCCGGAAUUAUGCCUUUCCUCGUCCUAGGUAUCGGUCUGGAUGACAUGUUUAUCCUGAUGUCCUGUCUGGCUGAUGCAGAAGUGAAAGGAUCUAUUGAAGAGCGAAUCAUGCACACAAUGAGAACAGGGGGCGUGGCCAUCACCAUAACGUCCGUCACAGACUUUUUGGCGUUUGCUAUAGGAGCGACUUCAGUAUUCCUUGGAGUGCAGAACUUCUGCCUCUUUACAGGAACGGCUAUCAUCUUCUGCUACCUGAACCAGCUUGCCUUCUUCAUGCCAUGCAUGGUGAUUAACGAGAGACGUGUGACCGCUGGGAGACACUGCGGCACAUGCCUUAGGACCAAAUCCCGCCAGGAACUCGUCGCGGACGGCCACUCCAAGUGUUUUGCGUUGUGUUGCGGCGGAGAAGCCCCACGCAAGAGAUCCGACAAUGAAGGGCCUUUGGAGUCGCUCCCCAAACUUGUCUUGCAAAAAGCGUUGACGAAUGUUGUGUUCAAAGUCUGUACCAUUAUCGUGUUCAUCGGGUAUUUAUCGGCGGCUGUAUAUGGGUGUGUAAAUCUGAAGGAAGGUUUACUGCUCAGCAACAUUGUUGACAAAAGCUCGUAUUACCACACAUAUGCCAAACUGAUAGAAGAUGACUUUUCCGUUGAGAUCCCUGUCGCGUUUACCUUUACCUCUCCACAGAGUUACCAUGAUCCUACUUUGCAGCAGAAAAUCACUGACAUGCUGGCAACAGCUAGACGGGAUCGACUCGUGAACUCUGACAUCGAGAUUAACUGGCUGAGUGACUACAGAGCAUCUCCCCUAUACCAAGGCACUAACGAGUCAGAGUUCGUAUCUGGUCUCAAACAGUUCUUAUCCGUACGUCCAGACCACGCGAACGACGUCAUACUUGACGACACCGGGAAUAAAAUCAAAGCAUCAAGAUUGUACGUAAUAUCUAAUGACGUCACAUCGACAACAGACCAGGGAGAAAUGAUGACCAACGUUCGACGUAUUGCUGAUAAUUUCGAAAUUCCAUUAAUGGCGUACAGUUAUUGGUUUUUUGACUUUGAACAAUUUGCCGCCAUAUUGCCGAAUACGUUGAAAACCAUGGGUAUAGCUAUCGUUGUGAUCUGCGUGAUGACGAUUUUGUUUAUGCCUCAUCCGUUCCUGAUCGCUUGUGUGACCGUCACCAUGACGACGAUUCUACUGGGCGUGUGCGGGUUUAUGUAUUACUGGGACAUGACAUUGAGCACGGUCACCAUGGUCGAACUAAUCAUGUGUAUCGGCUUCUCUGUCGACUCGAGUGCGCACAUGUGUCACGCCUUCAUCACAGUAGAGGGAAACACACGUGCUGCACGUGUACAUGCAGCUCUGGAGCGGGCGGGUGGUCCUGUCUUGAAUGCGGCACUCUCAUCAAUCAUUGGAGUCACACUAUUGAUAUUUUCUUCCUCUUACAUAUUCAGAACAUUUUUCAAAAUGAUGAUACUUGUGUUCCUGUUUGGACUGGCGCACGCAAUCUUCUUAUUGCCUAUAAUAUUUUCUAAAUUCGGACCAAUCAGCGUUCAGGAUAAUAAAGAAGUGCCGGAGUCGUCUGGUCAACUCUUGACAACUGAACAGAAAGUUGUCCCCAAAAUUUGAACAAACUGUGAAAAAAGACAACAUAUCAUGUAUAUAUAUAUAUAAGAAUAUGCUGACUUUCACUAAAAAUAUGUUUUACCAUGUAUCUGUCGAUUCGGAAUAUUAUCUUAGGGUAUAUUAUACUAUUUCGAGAGUUACAAUUCCUACUAUAUUGAUAGCUAUUUCGGGGUUGUGCAUUAUUUUCUGUUUACGAUUUUUAUAUUGUAAUCUACCAUUUUGAAUGUGUAUAUACAAUGUUAAUGUCUACUAGUUCAAGACAUCCUUUUCAAGUUAUCAGGAUACACAGUAUGCAGUGGCGGACCCAGGGGUGUUGCCCUAGUUGCCCGGGCAACACCCUUUUUUCUGUGUCCAAAAAUGAUCUCGACUUAGGUUUUUGAGAUUUUCCUCUUUUUCAUAUGGGAUUUUCUUCUAAUAUCAACCAUCCCGUGAACUAUGCUUUUCUAUGGCAAGUACAAAUAAUGUAUGAAUAUCUAUAUAUACCUAACGGUGCAGUUGCCCAAACAAGGAGUCCAUUACUUAUA